GGAGAGGAGAGGAGGGGGGCAUGCAAGAUGAUGGAGCCCAGAAAUAGGCUUCACAGGACAGCUUUUCAUCCCUGCUUUCUGCGGCAGACAUGACUCUGGGCACUGGACUGUGCUGAAAUUAGCCAGGGGGACAACACAGGACAGCAGGUCUGCAGCAGACUGCUUUGGUUCAGCCUCGCUGGAUGCAGCAAGGCAGCUGAUUUAUUACUGAGGGGCUGGGUGGCAGUGUGUUUGCAUGUGUGCCUCUGAGUGAGUGUGUAUGCACGUUUUUAUGGGUCCUUGUAGCGCUCGGAGCUGUGGGAGCGACCAUUCCUCCAGUCAUAAAAUGACAUUCAGCAGGCAGGAGCUUUGUGUGCUGGUGUGGAUCUGCAGUCCUCAGUAGGAAGUGGGAGAGUGGGAUUCAGAGCUGUCAUCGAGUGCAAGUGUGUGUUUACAGUGCUGUUCGCAGAGGUGAGCCAAGGAGGAUCAGCUAUAUAUGUGGUGUGUGUGUGUUUAGGUUAGAGCAGCAAGGGUGCAGCAAAGGCAAAGACCCUAUACAAUGCAAGGACGAGCGCAGAGCAGCACCGAUGGCAGGGAGUGCAGCUGAAGUACAAGGAGUGCCCUGGGGGUAGGGUGGAGGACGAAGGCAGGGACAGAGGAGGAAGAGGAGAGCAGAGCGAGGGGACGGAAAGAGACAAGUGGAAAAGAGAGGGUGAUCAUGGCUGUCAUACAGUGAGCUAUAGCAUAUGCUGUAGCGCAGAGCAGAGUGGUGCGGCAGGGGGAGGACAAGCAUCACUGCACAGGGGAGGGGGAGAGACUGAGGGAGAGAGGAGGGGGAGGCAAUCAGCUCAGCACCUCUCCUCCACCAGGAAGAGAAGCACAGCGGGACAGGCCCGGCAGAAGACACUCACUCACAAGCACAAAGGCGCACUGACGAGCGGCCAGGUCAACGUGUAGAGGUCAAAAGGGAGCUGGUGUGGGACAGGGGGGUUUGCUGAACCCCCGCUGGUCCGUGAGAGCGCAGGCUGGUCCUGUGAGGAAGAAGAAGAAGGAGUCCGCUGGGGGGAGAAGGGUCGGCUCCCCGAGUCCUGUUUCUUCUGGUCGGUCUGCCACCUCUCCAUCACCAUGGGAGAAUGGACCAUUUUGGAGAGGCUGCUGGAGGCGGCUGUCCAGCAGCACUCUACCAUGAUCGGCAGGUGGCCAGAAAAAGGAGACCAAAGGGAUGUCCGUGUUGCUCUGUUUCUGCUGGAUAUGAUCCUGCUGACAGUGGUGGUGAUCUUCCGUAUCCUAAUAGUCGGCAUAGUGGGGGAGAAAGUGUAUGAAGAUGAGCAAAUCAUGUUCAUCUGCAACACCAUGCAGCCUGGCUGCAACCAGGCCUGCUAUGACAAGGCCUUUCCGAUCUCUCACAUCCGCUACUGGGUGUUUCAGAUCAUCUUGGUGUGCACACCGAGCCUGUGCUUCAUCACAUACUCUGUUCAUCAGUCUGCCAAAGCGCGUGAUCGAAGCUACUCUCUGCUGCAUCCUUACAUGGAUCACCAUGGUCACGGUCACCAUGGUCGCCAUGGUCAUGACCAUCAUGCUCGCAAGCUUCACUCUCGCAAUAUCAAUGGCAUCCUGGUGCAUCCCGACAGCAGCAAGGAGGAUCAUGACUGCUUGGAGGUCAAGGAGAUCCCUAACGGGCCACGAGGACUCCCUCAAACACACAAGAGUGCUAAAGUGCGACGCCAAGAAGGCAUCUCCCGUUUCUACGUCAUCCAGGUGGUGUUCCGCAACGCACUGGAGAUUGGCUUCUUGGCCGGCCAGUACUUCCUGUAUGGCUUCAAUGUGCCAGGGAUGUUUGAGUGUGAUCGCUACCCGUGUGUGAAGGAGGUGGAGUGUUACGUGUCUCGGCCCACAGAAAAGACUGUGUUUCUGGUCUUCAUGUUUGCAGUAAGCGGCAUAUGUGUGCUGCUCAACCUGGCUGAGCUCAACCACCUUGGCUGGAGGAAGAUAAAGACGGCCAUCCGAGGCGUGCAGGCCCGAAGAAAGUCAAUCUGCGAAGUGCGCAAGAAGGAUGUUUCACACCUGUCCCAGGCCCCAAACCUGGGCAGGACCCAGUCUAGUGAGUCAGCCUACAGUGAAAUAAGAGGACCUGAAGGCGUCGCUCUCUCUUGCUCCCUCUUUCUGCUGAAUGUGGUGAAGUCAUAUAUUUCAGACGGGGGUGUUUGCUCUAUUUAUGUUGGCAGUCUUGUACAGUGCACCCUGCGCUGUGUUACAGAAGAAGAAGAGCAGAGCACAGCCACACGAGAACACCUGAAUUCACCUGAGAGCUACUGCACAAAGAUCAACAUGGCGAACAGAGGUCCUGCCUAUGGUCUGACCCGCGAGGUUCAGAGUAAGAUUGAUAAGAAGUACGACCCGGAACUGGAGGGAAGGCUGGUGCAGUGGAUCAUUGCCCAGUGUGGCUCUGGAGUCGGUCAGCCUGAUCAAGACAAGACCGGCUUCCAAAACUGGCUCAAGGAUGGAUGUGUGCUUUGUGAGCUCAUUAACAGCCUGUACGGAGCCAACAAGCCAAUCAAGAACAUCAAGCGCUCUGGCAUGGCCUUCAAGCAGAUGGAGCAAAUCUCAUUGUUCCUCAAUGCUGCUGAAAAAUAUGGAAUCACCAAAACGGACAUGUUCCAGACUGUAGACCUCUAUGAGGGCAAAGACCUGGCUGCCGUCCAGAGGACCCUGAUGGCUCUGGGUAGUUUGGCUGUCACAAAGGAUGAUGGGAAUUACAAAGGAGACCCUAGCUGGUUCCAUAGAAUGGCGCAGGAGAACAGGAGGGAUUUCUCAGAGGAGCAGCUAAACGAAGGCAGAAAUGUCAUCGGGCUGCAAAUGGGCACAAAUAAAGGAGCAAAUCAAGCCGGCAUGACAGGUUACGGACGACCACGGCAGAUCAUCAACAACCCCUGAAGAACCUGAGCAGCCCUGAAACCCUCCUCCUCCUGUCCUCGGAAAGGCCAGUCAGUAAGGAGGGAGAAACUCUGACUCUUACCUUGGCCAUGAGGAGAAAUGUGACCUGACUGUUUUCAAAAUCAACUGGACCAAAAACAGGGACCAACAAGAACAUGUGCACAUAUGCAACACACACACACACACACAUCUUUAACAGUACAAAUUAAACAUUAAAAUUAAUUUUAUGCACUUUUGUAACUACCCUUUACUAGGCUGCUUGUAAAUAAUACUUCUCUUGAGAUCAUUCCAGUUGUUUUGCAUGUUUUCGCUGAUUGCCUUAAAAUGACAUGUACUUUACAUUAAUGCAAACCAUAGCCAACUGACAUGCAGAAUAUUUCAGCGCACCAUGCGAAUCAGCUCGCAGCGACUUGUAACUUGUGUGAGAGAAAUAAUCCGUCACAUUCAGCCCUUCGUCUGGUUCACUGUUUACUUUAACAUCUACAUUACUGCAGCUAUUUUCAGGUCUUAAAUGGAUGAAACCACCACGUCCAUUAUUUAUUUUACACCGUGUCCUUGGCUGCUUUUUGUGCAUCUGCCAGUGGUGUCCUUGUGACAACAUAGCCAUCAAUUCUUGGAUGUCACGGUGUUCCUGAAUGCACCACCAAGGUUAGUUUUGCAAAUGUUUCCUGCCACAGCUGCAGGACAAUACAGCAAUAAUGCAACUUUAACAAAAAAAUAAUAAUGAUAAAAACUGAGCAGACAGAUUAUCUCUCAGGCAAGAAUCAUGUCUCUGCUGAUUCACUGUGUACUAGAAUUAAAGAAAAAUGCCGUGUUGUGGUUUACAAUAAUGCUAAGUAUGGAAUUUGGAGUUAGUAGGUUAGAACAAGCACAUCCAUCAGUGUAGUCAAGGGUGAGUAAGUUUAGAAAGGUUUUAAAAGGGUUUGAGAAUAACAUAGAAUACAAUCAUGCGUGUUUUACCUGCUCCAUAACACCAUCUGUAGUUGUCAGUCAACUAACGUCUAAUGUUGGACCAUGUUUUUAGGGUUUGAUAGAACAAAGGUUAUACAGUCACAAUGAUUUUGAAAUAAAGUCUGAUGUAACUUUUCAAAA